AUGGCCAACCAGAACAGUCAAGGGUUUAGCCACAGUCAUGUUGAAGCAGACCACGUAGGGGCGAAGAACGAGCUCGGCACCAGGUCCCACAACGACUCGAGAUCAUACAAUAUUCUGGGCCACCGGAUACGGCAGAAGAAACUGAUAUGGAUCAUUUGCUGGGCAGUCACUGCUCUGACCAUCGCCAUCAUCAUCAUCGUGGUCGUCCUCAAAGGCCUGGACGUGAUCGGCUCCCAAAGCGGUUCUACCCCUGAAUCGUCGAUCCAGCCUACCUGGACUUCAUCUCUGCCUGUAGGAGAGAUCACCAGCCCAUCGUCCGAAUCGGUAACUUCUUCGUCUUCCGAUCGUUCCGCCGGCAAAGCGACAUCCACACCCUUCGACACAACCAUGGUGACGACCACAGGUCCGGUAACAUCUGCGCCAUCCGUUGCUCCGACAAAUAGGGUCGAGCUUCUUCUGUUGUCUAAUGAUUCCCACACGUGGCUCGAGACGUGCAGGUGGGGAUGCCCGGGUUGGUACUGCGAUACGUACGACAAUUGUACGGACCCCUACGAUUGCAAGACAGCAUCGCACACUUGCGAGGGGAACUCGUUUGUCGUUUGA